AUGUCCAUACUCUUACUUGAGGUUCUCUAGUACAUACAUACGUACGUGCACCGUGAGAGGUUAUAAAUUCGAAAUUCUCCGCAAUUUAGUCAAUGUCUCGGGAUGAAUCGGAAUGAGUAUUUCCACGUGAAGAAUCUUGCAGCUUGACUGAUUCCGUGCAGAUCAGUGCAAUGUAAAAGAUGGACGAUAAUAUACACGCAAAUGUAAUUUAAACAUGGAUUACUUGGGCGAGGUAUUCGCCCUCGGAAUGGAUGCUGUCAUAUUCGCUGUCUGCCUGAGGCAAUACGUGUAUUAUAAAAAUGCAGUUAAGGCCAUUAAGGAUGUUGAAAUACAUGAGGUUGGCCCAAACCUCGAUACCCUAUUGGCCAAUGAGCCAGGUAACAAGCGCUAUGUCGGUGUCAGAGGCGUCGUGAGGCCACUAGGGGAACCGUUGAAGAGUAUCAACAAAAGCGAUGUUACUGGAGUUAUACAGAAACUUACUAUUCAAGAACACGUUGUCGCUAGAACAUCCGCUGGCUUCUGGUCUGAUGAACAACGAAUAAUACAGACUAUAUACAAUGUGGUACCAUUUGUUCUACAAAAGGAUUGGUAUUCUGUAGAAGUAAUAGAUCCACUGUCUGCCGACGUUCUGAACCUGGAUGUGAUCUCUGAUCACUUCGAGCCUACUGUACCGACACUUGUAGAUCAUAUAUGGGGAUUUUUCACAGGGAUACGUCAACGUGGUCUACAAUCUACAGAAAAAAUGUUGCGUGAAGAUUCAGUUAUUACAGUGGUAGGUGAGCUCUCGAGUUCAGAAACUAAAUCCAACUUCCUUACUCUGCAACUGCCAUUAAACGGGUCCCCUUUUUGUAUAACAAGCAUGUCGGUUACUGCCUUGAUACGGAAGUUAGAUAAUCGCACGAAAGUGUACAGGAUAUUGUGUUUAAUGUGCGGCACUGUCGGAUUGCUAUUCGGAGGAAUCGUAGCACGACGAUACUGGAAGAACAAACAGGAACAACGAUUGGCAGAAGAGUUACGUCAGUCGCUCGAAGCGUCGCGUCAAGAAAGGCGUCAACGAGUCAGGGACAGCGACCUCAGGGAGGAUCAAAUAUGCGUAGUUUGCAAAACGAACGCACGCGAAAUCAUUUUGCUACCCUGCGGCCACGUUUGCAUAUGCGAGGAUUGCUCGGCCAGCAUCAACAAUAACUGUCCCAUUUGCAGAACGCAGAUCACGCAGAAAGCAGCAGCGUACAUCGUAUGAAUCUUGUUUUGAUACAGAUAUAAGUUUUUAUAAAGCAAAAAAAUAGUUUUAUUCUAUUAUGAAGAAGGAUAGACUGUUUACGUGAAAGUCAAAAAUGAUUAAAACGUAAGAAAUUUGGUUUUGUCUCAUUUAAAAAUGUGAUGCAGGACGUUACACUUGUGCAGUUUUACUAUUCAAACAAUUGAUUUUGAUUGCGUAAAAGAUGUACAUAUAUAUAUAUACAUAUAUAUUAUUUAUUAAAACUGUGAUGUCAAAAUUAUCCUAAUGUAGCUUUCGUACUACAAAAAUAAAUAAUUUUGGUAUUCAAUAUGUAAA